AUGAAGAAAACUUCACUGGAAAGGAGCCCCGGAGGCGGACGGGCGUCUGAAGGAGGCGAACAGGCGUCAGAAGGAGGCGAAAGAGUAUCUGAAGAAGGCGAGAGAGUAUCUGACGAAGGCGAGAGAGUUUCAUUUGAAGCUAGCUCUCACUGA